UGAGAGAGGAGUUUAUGGUGCUGCUGCCGUGCAGCGGUGCGUCAUUGUGCCAACACUGCACGCAGAGCGCACAGCGCGCAGCGCAGCGCCACGCGGACCCGCGCCACUCCGUCACCUAGAGGAUCGCCCCACGAUUAGCGGAUUUAUAAGAGUGGAUACGGAGAAAGAACGAGGAGUCCAUGAAGGUGAGAUGAAGACAAGGACAAGCUCUCCAUCUGCCAAUCCGUCCAUCAGCAUUUCAAGUACCCUGGUGCCAGCCACCCUUAAGUCACCUCGACCACAACAGGUGUCAAGCAAGAAUUGUCUUGACCCAGCGUCCUGCAGACAACCGGCACUAAGCAAAUAUUUGAGGUCAUUCUGUUUGAUUUCUCUUGGCACCCGUCACUGAGAGGAUAAACAGUUACAGGGUGCUGUUGGGAGACAGAAAGAGAGAAGAAAAAGUGGGGGUGGAAAAGUAGCCAUUACAAAGUGUACCCGGUCUGCUAUUUCUGCUGCACUGUGGGCAGGGAGCAUCUCAUUUGGGAGUGUGCUGGCCAAAAAUAAAAGAAAAAGAAAUUGUAAGGACUUUCCUGAGCCCCAUUCCAAUGCUUGUGUAAAUCCUGGAGAGAGAUUAUCAGCUGGUCUGGCCCUCAACACUGCCCACCAAAGAAGCUACACACUAUCUAUAGAAAACCUUAAAACAAAUUUGGAACCUGCGGGUUUCUUGAUUGCUACUUAUCUUUCCCCCCCUUCAAGAAAGACUCAACAGUAGUGAGAAAAGGAAUGAAAGUAGCCACAGUUUUCUAUUCUUGAAGCCUUUCACAGACCUAAUACCAACUCUGGGGGCACCAGAAGCUCUCUGUCAUCUUGGGGCUGUAGUUUUGAUGCAUUUCUCAAGCUGGUUGGAACAACAUGAAGCCGCUAACACCAAUAGGAUCCCCGUCUCCUCUGAGACUCCUCAACAAGGGUCCAGACUACCUGCGUAGGCAGAUAGAUGGUGGGGGCCAUGGCCGGACAAUCAGUGCUGUGGAGAGGCUUGAAGCUGACAAAGCCAAAUAUGUUAAGAGCCAGCAGGUGAUCAACACAAAGCAAGAGCCUGUGCUGGUUCCUUGUGCCACCCCGCCACCACAACCACGACGAGCCACUGCCAAUCCCAGUAGUCUGAGUCCUCAAACGGUCCCGCGUCAUUCAUUUAACACUGUCUUCUCUUCACUGUCUGGCUCUUUCACGUCACGAGAUGACAAUGACAACGAUGACUCCAGAAAGGAGAACCGACGGACCUCUGUAGAUGUUGAGGCACACAACAGGAGCAAUGUCCAAAAUAUAAUGCUUCCCAGCCAGAAGACCCUUGAAAUCAAAAUCUUAGUAGCACCGCACAGUGCCCCAGUACUUAGACGGAGCACAGGCAAACGUAUGCUGCGACCAGACUCCCUGGUCAUCUAUCGCCAGAAGAAAGAGUGCCGGAGCCUCAGUGGUGCAGCAGUGGUUGAAAACACCAAUAUGGAAUUGAAGGGCUACAGUUUUGUACGUCGCCUCUUCCAGGGAUCCAUGAGAGAGAAGAAUGGUGGAGGUGAAGGAAGAAUCCAAAAGAUGGUGAUUGGUGAGGAGAAGGCACCAUCACGCGAUGGGGACUCACGGAUGUCAUGGACCAAUGACAAGGAUACUGCAGAUGGUGGACCAGGAAGCCGGAGGUCAAGUAAAACUCAUUUAGAACCCUCCCCAGGAUCUGUCCCAAGCCCAGAAUGUAACAGUAUCCUUGAAAAGACUAAAAAUGAAUUUACAAAUGGGAAUAAGGAUGUUGUUAGCAUCAACAAUAGCAACCACUCAAGCAACCACAAUAAUGAGAAUGACCCGUGGAAGCGAGCAUCACCACCACUACCACCCAGAAGACACUUUGGUGGGUUACAGCGCUCCAAGUCGGAACUGCGACUGCAUUCCUCGAUCGCGUUAUUAGAGCAGGAGCAUUUCUUUGACUUUUGUGGCUUGGACACAGACAUGAUAGAGCGCCUGGGUCGGGAGAAUUUUCUUUCUGGUGCCAGCUCCAUAGACACACUCUCACUGGCACUCCGCAGUGUGGGCGGAGAAGGUUGUGGAGGUUCUGAGCCCAGUGAAUUCUCCCAUCACUCUGGAGAAGGGUUGUUUCAGGAGGAGCUGGCUGAGCAGCUACCCUUUGGUGUUUCAAUCAUCGAGAGAAAUGCUCGUGUCAUCAAGUGGCUUUACGGGUGUAAGAACGCUGCCCGCGAAGGGCCUAAAGAAUCGACUGUUUAGCUGAAGGACAUACGGCCGUGUGCAGUAGAAUACCAAAACUGUCCUUUUCACAAUGUACUUUUUGUCGAAACACGGGAUCAGCAUGCCUUCACCCCAAUUUAGGAGCAUCAGAAGCAGCUGGUGUUUUUAUUGGUACAUUAGCAAUAACUCCAGAGACAUUUCCACCUUAGAGGACUGCCGCUACUGCUGAGUUGUAUUCAUAGAUCCUAUGGAAGCACUGUGUGGUUCGAGAUAAACUAUACUGGCAAAUACAGCCAGUUCUUCCAGCAAAGUUUCAGGUGGCCAGUGUGUGUGUGUGUAUGUAUGUGUGUGUGUGUGAAGUGGGUAAUGUAUCCCCGCCCUCUUAACUUUGAGCUUCUGGUCAUUGAUUGACAGAACUGGAUCCAAAAUGGGGUGAGAAAUCACCCCCAGUUUGACCUCCCACGAGGCACAUAACUGUAAAGAUUUGUCCUUGACACCAAAUAUUGCCACCUCUCUCCACCAGUAAGUAUUUUAUAAUGGAAAACCACUAAGCUAGUCUAUUUUUUAUUUUAUUUUAUCUGAAACU